AUGUCUUGUCCGUUUUUACGUCAGGAACAUGUUGCUGAUGGUGCCAGAAUAAUUCAAAGAGCUUUUCGAAUCAAUCGCAUUUUGCGAGAUCGACAGGAUCCUUUAGCGCAGCGCGAUAAUCUAUUGAUUGAGAGAUAUUGUUUUUCUCGGGAGGGUCUCAUCUACAUUAUAAACUUGUUGGAGCCACACGUUAAAAGUUUGACUGGUCGGAGUCGGGCUUUAACAACUGCACAAACAGUUUGUAUUGCUCUGCCAUUCUUUGCGAGUGGCACUUUCCUUUACACCAUUGGAGAUGCCGAAAACUUGUGUAAAAGUGCUGUAUGUCGUGCCAUUCGCAAAGUUUAUCUGGCACUCAAACAGUUUUUAGGGGGUUUUGUCGUAUUUCCAAGCCACUUAAGACCACAGGCUGUGAAGCAAAUUUUUUUUGCCAUUGCAGGCUUCCCUAACGUGAUUGGUGCCAUAGACUGCACACACGUCCCCAUCAAGGCCCCACCUGGCCCCAAUGAAGGGGAUUUUGUGAACAGAAAGGGAUUUCACAGUGUAAAUGUGCAGAUGGUGCGUGAUUCCAUGUUCCACAUCACAAAUGUGGAAGCCAAAUGGCCUGGUUCUGUGCAUGACUCCAGGAUUUUCAGAGAGUCACAUUUAUGCACAUUAUUUGAACGUGGUGCUUACGACGGGAUCCUGCUUGGUGACAGGGGCUAUGCCUGCAGGCAGUACUUCAUGAUGCCAUUCCCUGACCCAAACCCUGGACCACAAAGCCGUUUCAAUACAGCUCUAGCCAGGACAAGGGCACGCAUUGAAAUGACCUUUGGGCAACUAAAGGGAAGAUUUCAGUGUCUGAAGGGUCUGAGGGUUGCACCUGACAGGGCCUGUGACAUUAUUGUUGCAUGUGCCAUCCUGCUCAUCAUCAUCAUACUAUCUCGAGGCCUCAAGAUAGUAUCUUGUGGCCACGAGAUAGUAUCUCGAGGCCACAAGAGAUAG